UAUGUGAACCAAUGUAAAUUGAAACGGUAUAGUAGUAACUAGUAAAGUAAACUUAAAAAGAAAGACUUUUUAAACAGUAUGAUCUAGUAGAUACACGUUUUCAACUCUCUACAUUAAUGUGGUUUCUUUGUUGUUGGCUCUACACCACCUUUGUAAGUGCACAGUUUAAAGUUGUGUUUGUCAUGUAUAGUUGACUGUUUCGAUCAUGCCGCCAAAACUUAGGGGAAAUAAAACUUCUAAAAAUAUUAAAGAAAACAUUGCGCCCGUUCCUAGCGAUAACAUUAAAACAAGAAAUAUUGGCAAGAAAAUAGAAAAUAAUUAUAAUAAAACUACAAGAAAAGCAUUAGCCGACAAAACUAAUUCAGCAUCAGAUGAUAAUGACACGAUACAUCCGAGUGCGAUUGAAUCCAAGGUUUCUACUACGAAAGAAGAGGUACCUAAAAGGCGUCGUGUGCGAAAGAUUCCAGCCCGUUAUGCCGGUAAUUCUGUAUUAACUAAUCUCUCCAAUAGUAAAGAAAUAUCAAUAAAGCAAAAGGUAACCCCAGUCAAAGUGACUGUAACUAAAAAGCCUUAUGAAAAAAAGAUAAAAGGUAAGAAAACUAUAAAUUGUAUUGAUAAUUCCCCAUUAAAAAACAAAUCAAAGGCAGUAGAAAACAGCAUAAUAAAAACUCGCCCAAAGAGAAUACAUCGUUUACCAUCAAAAUUAGAUAACAGUGUCUUGAGUCCUCUUAAAAGUAUUCAUCUUCAACCAGUACAAACAAGUACACCAAUUGCAAAUAAAGCACUAAAGACUUCAAAUAUUAAGCAUAUUCUGAAUUCAACUGAGAAAAGUAAGUCUCCAGCUAAGAAAGUAACUAAAAAAUUAAAAGAAAUCAGAAAACUUGAGUCACACUCUAAUAAUAAUGGUAAAAAACAACUUGAAAUUGAUAAGUGCUUUCGAAAGCAAGAGAACAUAAAUAAGAUAAGAUCUAAAAGGCUUCUUGAUGUAGAUUUCUCAUUUAAAGUGCUAGAUGAUGCAAAAAAAUCAUUGAAAAGAAGUUCAAAUAAUCCCGAUCCAUAUGAGUUCACAUUUGACCCAAAAGAAGAGCCACAAAAGAAGAAAAAGAAAAGAGUUGUUAAGAAAACCCAAUCAAAACCUAAAACUUAUGUCCCUAAAGGAAAUUAUGAAAAGAAUUUAGCAAAAGCAUUAGCAUCAUUAAAAAAUAAUAUCACAAAAACAACUCAGGAAUGUACACCUUUACAGAGCAUUAAAAAGAUGAAGUGUAAUAAAGAAAGUCAAUUAAAUAAAUUAGGUGGAGAUUUGACCAAAAGUGUCAAUGAAGGAAACUAUAACUCGGUAAGAAUUGAAGAUAUAGCAAUGGAUCUCCAAGAACCCGAUGAUACUCACAAUUUGAACUACUCUCCUGUAACUUCACCUCAUCAUACACCAAGAGAUCAAGACACUCAAAAGAGUCCAACAGACCCACCUACUAUCAAUAAAGAUCCAUUGAAACUUCAAGAUUUGAGUUUCUUUGAUGACCAGCCUAUAGCAAGCAGUAGUAUGAAUGUUUCUGCCCGUCAUCCUCUCGCCAGUCCUUGGCGAGUUGAAUUUGGUAGUUUACCAAUCAAAUGGCAAGUGAACACUUAUGUAAAACCGAACAUGACACCAGCAGUAGAAUCUUCAUUCAUUAAUCCUAAUGAUUCUAGGAAGAAAUAUGUCUAUACCAAUAUAAUUCCCCAGACAAAUGAACCAUUGCCAGAAAUUGCUAGUGAGCCACCAAAUCUUAAACAGACAAGUAUAAUAUCAUUUAUAAAAGAAGUUGUUGAAAAGAGUGCAAAGAAAAAACAGAAAUCAACACCAGUAAAAGAAAAUUCCAUAUUUGGUGAUAUAACAAACACAUCGAAUGUUACACCAAUCAAGAAUUCAUUGUCAAAAGAGAAUUCAGAUCUAGAAGAUGAGGGUAGCUUCCCGAAUGUAGGAAGUGUUGUGGAAACAGUCAAUUGUGAAAAUAGUAAGGAGAAUAAGCCUUCAAAAACUCCAAACAAAAAGGAAAGUAAAAGAAACACAUGUUUUGGUUUUGAUGAAAGUGAAGAUCAAGAUCAGGAAAAUAUUUCACCCAAUAAGAAAGACAAGAGAAUAAAAUCAUUGAGACCCAGGGCUAGAGCUGUCUUGCAAGAGAUUAAUGACAUGAAAGGACCAACUCGAGCAGUAAUACCAGUAACAUUAUCAAAAGUGUUAAAUGCUGACAAUUUAAACAAACAUGAGGGUCCUAAAUCUGGUACUGAGCCACCAGUUUUCCCUGCAAAUAUGUCUGGAGAAUCAAAUAUGGAGACCAACCUGUGUAGUUUGAAUGAUGACUCUCAAACAGUGCACUUAUUUGAAGACCUCGACUUGGUUCAUCUCUAUCAUCAACCACCCCAAAAAAGUUAUGGGAAACCCAAGAAAGUGAUAUUUCGACAAAAUUCAGCUUCCAGUAGUGACACACAAAAUGGUGCGGCUGAUGAGAAUGCCGCCUCAAGUGAUGAAGACAACUUAGAAGACCUAUCAUUUCAACUACCAACCAUCAAACCCAAGAAAAAUAUCAAGAAGAAGAAACCUAAAAAGCAACUUUCUAAAAAAGAGGAGAAAGCUGCGGAUGAGUGGGCUGCGGGUUUCAACUCAAUGUGUGAAGAUGUUGAAGAGUUUGAUCUGGUUGUGGAAUAAUUAUGGGACCCUCGUCAGGAACGAAGCUUCUCACGCCUUUUCUUCAACUCUUAAUGUAAAUUACUUAAUGUGGAUAUUUUAUAGUAAUUAUUAUGAUGGGCUACUCACGAUAUAUGAUUUAUUAAAUUGUAGCCGAUUUUUCGGUCCAACUUCAUGGAUUGUGGUCGUGAAAUACCGUCAAAUUAAUUAAAUAUAUUAUAUCGUGUGUAACCGUCAUAAUAAUCACUACAUGCAUAUUUUAUUGUAUAUUUUUAAUUUCUAUCAUCUUUUUUAUAAUCUAAAGAGUUUGAAACUUUAGGAAAAUAAUCUAUUACAAACAUUCGCGUUGUACAAAUAUUAUUUCGAAUUUAAAUAUAGUCUUACUAACUAUCAAUGAUAAUAAUUGUGAAUAAAAUAGGAACUAAAAUUGCAAUUCUUAAGAUACCUCACAAGAGUGUGUGACUUAUCUUCUCAUGAUAAGUCACACACCCUUGAAAAAAAAUAACUACUUUGGGCCCCGAUUUAUAAUUCAAUUACUUUUUCAUAAAACUGCGAUUCAUGUCGUACCAUA